UCCUGCAGUGUCGUUAAGUAUAUGUCUAGUGUGGGGAAAAACUGGGCCUGUUCAUUCAUAGGUUCCACGAAGAGGACGUGAACACAGGGCAGCCCUGUGGGAAAGGUCGCAACACCAGGUCGUGUAGAUACAGUGGGCAGUUUAGGGGGAGACUACCCGGAAUCUGGGAGGCUGCAACGUAAUCUGAGAAGCCUCAGGACCACAGGGUAGGGAGUAGUCGGAUAGAGAACCGGGGGCCUAGAGAGGUCUGAGAGAGGUUUCGAGCCCGACUAUUUUGACUGCUUAGUAAAGGCACAAAUUGAGAAUCAGGAACCAUCUCUGGCAUUAGCGAACCCAUCGGUUCCAGCCCAUCAACCGAAAACAAGUUAAGGAGGGGCAAGGUAGAAAAAGCCAGCCUACACGGCUCACCAACGCCCCACUCCCCGCCCACCGCACUGAGGCUGCGCGGCGGCGCCCGCCUUUUACGACGAGCCGGAAAGCAGCUGUCGCAGCGACUUAACGUGGACCCGGCAGCUAUGGGGAAAAUCGCCCUGCAGCUCAAAGCCACGCUGGAGAACGUCACGAACCUUCGGCCAGUGGGCGAGGACUUCCGGUGGUACCUGAAGAUGAAAUGUGGCAACUGUGGUGAGGUUUCAGAGAAGUGGCAGUACAUCCGGCUGAUGGACAGCGUGGCACUGAAAGGAGGCCGAGGCAGUGCCUCCAUGGUCCAGAAGUGCAAGCUGUGUGCACGGGAAAACUCUAUUGACAUUUUGAGCAGCACCAUCAAGUCUUACAAUGCUGAAGACAAUGAGAAGUUCAAGACGAUAGUGGAGUUUGAGUGCCGGGGCCUUGAACCAGUUGACUUCCAGCCCCAGGCUGGGUUUGCGGCUGAAGGUGUGGAGUCGGGGACAGUCUUCAGUGACAUUAAUCUGCAAGAAAAGGACUGGACGGACUAUGACGAAAAGGCUCAGGAGUCUGUGGGGAUUUUCGAGGUCACCCAUCAGUUUGUGAAGUGCUGAACUGUCUGCCUGCAAAUUUGCCUGUGAGAACUAAGGAGAGUCAAAGUCCCCCAAGCAGCAGUUCCCAUGGAGGCUUCUCAUCUCUGCUUUCCUGGCACGUGUACCAAGCCCUCACCGUCUGCAUGCCAGGGCUUGCCACAGUUCUGAGUCCCACCAAUAAAGCCCCUGUUGGUGCCACAGUGCUAUGUGAAGGUGGUCUGAGCAAUACUCCCUCCACAAAUAAGCAUGGGCUCUGGAGGUCUUUGCUUUUUAGUCCCUACUCUGUACCUGAUCCAGUUUGCACACAGCUUACAUAAAGGCUCUCCAGCUCUUAAGAAAUAGGCAGGUUAGCCUCUAGGAUCACAAGCAUGAAAGCCAAUGGCACAAAGGGCAGAGAAGCCUAUGGAGCGCUGCUGUGAACCCAAUAGCUCCAAACUAAGACACUCCCUGAUCACGAUGGCCCUCCAGUAAAUCCAGCCACCUCUGUUAACUGCUCAUUUCACACCCCAGAGCUCGCUUCAGAGACCCACAGGCCACCUCUGGCACAUAUCCAUCCACUCCACAAAAUCCCUGGCUGAUGGCUCUGUUUCACUGGCUGUGAUAAAGUACUUCCUGUCAGAGUCAACAUGAAAGUUCUUCCUUCUGUGGAAUCAGCCUCUGGGUCCCCUGAAGCACCUAUUGCUGGUCCCAGCAUAUCCCGUUCUGCUUGCUGGCAACUCUUGAAGUGAAGACAGCAAUCAUGGCCUGUUAAGUCGUGUGCAACCAAAGAUCCCCACACAGCAAACAGUUGUUGAGCACAGUACUAGGCAGUGAGUGUGCUGUGCCUUCAUACCCGGGAAAACACCAUUUGGAAGACCUGUUUCCACACACUAUUUCUCCAAUAUUCUACU